AUGCUGAAAAGGGAAGUACCUCUGAUUCAUUUGGCAGUCUCAAACCGACCUGGAACUUUUGUAGUGCCCCAUUUCCGAACCACUUCGCACGCCAUGGCGGACUCCAAAGUCAAGGACAUGGGCCUGGCUGAGUUUGGCCGCAAGGAGCUGACCCUGGCAGAGCACGAGAUGCCAGGCCUGAUGGCUGCCAGGAAGGAGUAUGGCCCUGGGCAGCCAUUCAAGGGCUUGAACAUCAACGGCUCUUUGCACAUGACCAUCCAGACAGGUGUGCUCAUCGAGACGCUGAGCGCGUUGGGCGCCAAGGUGCGCUGGUGCUCUUGCAACAUCUUCAGCACACAGGACCAUGCUGCGGCCGCCAUUGCCAAGGCUGGCACUUCCACAGUGUUUGCCUGGAAAGGUGAGACCCUGCCAGAGUACUGGUGGUGCACCGAGCAGAUGAUGACAGUGCCUGGUGCGGAUGGCUGCGACCAGCUUGUGGACGAUGGAGGCGAUGCCACUCUGCUGAUGCACAAGGGCAAAGAGUUCGAGGAGAAGUACGCAAAGGAUGGCAGCCUGCCAGACCCGGCUAGCACCACCAACGCAGAGUACAAGUGCAUCCUGCAGCUGCUGAAGGACUCCAUCCCGGCGGACAAGACCAAGUACACUCGCAUGGCUGCGAAGUGCAAGGGCGUCAGCGAGGAGACGACCACUGGCGUGCACCGCCUUCGCGAAAUGGCUGCCAAGGGCGAGUUGCUGUUCCCAGCCAUCAACGUGAACGAUUGCGUGACAAAGUCGAAGUUCGACAACGUGUAUGGCUGCCGGCACUCUCUGCCUGACAGCAUCAUGCGCGCCACUGACGUGAUGAUCGGUGGCAAGCGUGCCCUUGUGGCGGGCUACGGAGAUGUGGGCAAGGGCUGUGCUUUUGCCAUGAGGGGUGCAGGCGCCCGCGUGCUGAUCACGGAGAUUGACCCCAUUUGCGCGCUGCAGGCGUGCAUGGAGGGCUUCCAGGUGGUGACCACCGAGGAGGUGGUUAGCGAGGUGGACAUCUUCACUUCGGCCACUGGCAACUUCAAGAUCAUCACGCUGGACCACAUGAAGAAGAUGAAGAACAACGCCAUCGUGUGCAACAUCGGGCACUUUGACAACGAGAUUGCCAUGGAGGACCUUGAGAACUUCCCCGGCAUCAAGGUGGAGAACAUCAAGCCUCAGGUGGACCGAUUCGUUUUCCCUGACGGCCACGGAGUCAUUGUGCUGGCCUCCGGCCGGCUUGUGAAUCUGGGAUGUGCCACUGGUCACCCGUCCUUCGUGAUGUCCUGCUCCUUCACCAACCAGGUGUUGGCGCAGCUGGACAUCCUGGAAAACUGCACCAAGGCGAAGAAGUACAAGAACGAUGUGUACCUGCUGCCCAAGCAGCUGGACGAGAAGGUGGCCGCACUGCAUCUGCCGGCGCUGGGUGCCCACCUUACCAAGCUGAGCAAGGAGCAGGCCGACUACAUUGGCGUUAAGACAGAUGGCCCCUUCAAGCAGGACACCUACCGUUAUUAG